AUGUCCGUGCGCUGCAUCUUCACCCUGCUGCUCCUCGCCACCCUGAGCAGGCGCCUGGCCGCCAUGCCACAGAGUCAACGGGGGGACGACGCUGCCGAGAAAGACCUGAUGGUUCCGCCGCUCCUGGACGGCGAGGCGGACUUCAGGAGGAACCAGAUGUGGGACGACAUCAAGGACGAAGACGGGGGCCCCAGGAUGGUCCUGAUGGCCGACCCCAGGCACAGAGCAGCACGCAUGCGGGGUUCCAAUCCCGCUUUGACGCGGAGCUGGAGUCACACUCCUUCAGACAACCUGAGGAUGGAGCGCCAGGACUCAGACUUGGACGUGCUGCGCUGCAUGAUAGGACGAGUGUACCGACCCUGCUGGGGGACUUGAACGCAUCAUCAGCCACCUACAGGAAGUGAUACAACAAAAUAAAA